CAGUAUUGUAUAUUUAUGUUGGUUGGUACCACCUCUUCUUUGUUUUUUGGUAGGAGGAACACAAACUUUAAGAUCUAUAUCAAUGACCCUUCCUUGACAUUGCACGCGAUUUUCAUGUUAUUGCGAAACUAUCAUUAAUAUAUUAAAAAAAAUCCUUUUUGUGCUCUAUCAAGUCAUCAUUCAUCAUGGAUACUGUGAUUUUUUUAAUUAUCAUCGCUGCAUGUUACACAAAAAUCCUGAGUGCACCCUUAUCGUCAAAUCCUCGUUUGAGCCUUGCCGACUGGAAUAACUAUAAUUUACACGAACCGAACGGACCAGGGACGUACGCGUUCGGUUUUGAUAUUGAGGAUCCCGAUACAGGAAACGCCCAGUUCAGGAACGAGGAGAAGCACGCCAAUGGCAGUGUCACCGGUAGUUAUGGAUACAUGGAUCCUGAUGGGGUUGCUAGAAUUACCCACUACAUUGCCGAUGCUGGGGGUUAUAGGUCUUUCCAUGAAGAAUCUCCGAUUAAUCUUCUGAAACCUAUUUUCACGAGACCGAUUUCGGAAAUCUCCCAUUUAUCCGAAAAACCUGAUGCUCCAUCGGAAAAUUUUGCCGACACUGAUCAUUAUGACCCAUCGCUGGACAACAUUGAAUUCAUCAGUAAAAUCGUAACCCCAGAUGUGCCAUUUGGUUCUAUUAACCAAAAUUAUCUUGGAUACCAGAAUUUUGGAAACAAUUUCCAGUAUCAAGGAUCAAAUCAGCUACAAAGUGGAUUCGAUAAUAAUUAUAAUUAUCCAGUUACGCAAAGACCUUUUGUGCAAAAUCAAAAUGUAUAUGUACCUCCCCAAAUAACUACAACCACUGAACCCAUUUGGCCCAAUUUCAGCUUAUUGUCGUUGUUUGGAAAUAGAGUUAGGCAAACACCAAAACGCACUUUUAUAAAACUACAUUAG